UUGCACAGCUAUUGGAGGAGAACAGUCAAGCGAUUUCCUGCUUGCGCUGCAUUGAAUUGCCCUUCAUCUUCUCCCAUCAGCAAGCUGAGCUUCGCUUAACUCAUCUCCCGGCGUACAGACAGGACCACUACGAGCUAUACUCAGCACCAUGGGACUCACAAGCGACCCAAACUACAAGAAACUGGAGCAAUGGUACAGAUCCAACGCUGGGAACCUCAACAUGAGGCAGAUGUUUGAUGCCGAUAAGGAGAGAUUCAGCAAAUUCAGUACAACAUUGGACACCGACGAUGGGGAGAUCCUCCUUGAUUAUUCAAAGAAUCUCAUCAAUGAGGACGUCAUGAAGAUGUUGAUUGACAUGGCAAAAUCAAGGGGAGUGGAGGAAGCCAGGGAGAAGAUGUUCGCUGGAGACAAGAUCAAUUUCACUGAGGGCCGUGCUGUUCUCCAUAUUGCCCUACGAAACCGCUCUAACUCCCCCAUCCAUGUUGGUGGAGCAGACGUCAUGCCUGAAGUCAACAAGGUUUUGGAGAAAAUGAAGAAUUUCUGUCAUAAAGUACGCAGCGGAGAGUGGAAGGGCUUCACUGGGCAGCCCAUCAGAGAUGUUGUCAAUGUCGGGAUUGGUGGAUCGGACCUGGGCCCUCUGAUGGUCACUGAAGCUCUAAAGCCAUACUCCAAGGGCGGGCCCCGUGUGUGGUUCGUCUCAAACAUCGACGGAACGCACAUGGCCAAAACCCUGGCUGAGCUCAACCCUGAGACCACCCUUUUCAUCGUUGCUUCUAAGACAUUCACCACUCAAGAGACCAUCACCAAUGCAGAGACUGCAAAAGAGUGGCUCCUGCUGGCUACUAAAGAUGCGUCUGCUGUGGCCAAACACUUUGUGGCACUGUCCACCAAUGCACCCAAAGUGAAGGACUUCGGGAUUAACACCGACAACAUGUUCGAGUUUUGGGACUGGGUUGGUGGUCGUUACUCCCUGUGGUCUGCUAUUGGAUUGUCCAUUGCAUUGCACAUUGGCUUUGAGAACUUUGAGCAGCUGCUGAGUGGAGCUCACUGGAUGGAUAACCAUUUCCACACCGCUCCGCUGGAGGAGAAUGUGCCGGUGCUCCUGGCUGUCCUGGGGGUCUGGUACAUCAACUUCUUCCAGGCAGAGACUCACGCCAUGCUGCCCUACGAUCAGUACAUGCACCGCUUUGCUGCUUACUUCCAGCAGGGUGACAUGGAAUCCAAUGGGAAGUACAUCACCCGCCAGGGCACCCGUGUGAACUACCACACUGGACCUAUUGUGUGGGGAGAGCCAGGGACCAAUGGACAACACGCUUUCUACCAGCUCAUUCACCAAGGAACACGCAUGAUUCCUGCUGACUUCCUCAUCCCUGCCCAGUCCCAGCAUCCCAUCAGAGACAACCUGCACCAUAAGAUUCUGAUUGCCAACUUCCUGGCCCAGACUGAGGCCCUAAUGAGGGGCAAGACCACAGAGGAGGCCAGGAAGGAGCUGGAGGCUGGCGGCAUGAGCGGAGAAGCUCUUGAGAAACUUCUGCCACAUAAAGUAUUCCAAGGAAACAAACCUACCAACUCCAUUGUGUUCAAGAAGCUGACUCCAUUCAUGCUUGGAGCACUUGUUGCCAUGUACGAACACAAGAUCUUUGUGCAGGGCGUGAUGUGGGACAUCAACAGUUAUGACCAAUGGGGAGUUGAACUGGGGAAACAACUGGCCAAGAAGAUUGAGCCUGAACUGCAGGAUGACAGCGAGGUGCACUCUCACGACUCCUCCACCAAUGGGCUCAUCAACUUCAUCAAGAAGAACUACGCCUAAAUCCCCGGCCAUGGUCCACUUGCCCCACUGCCCCACUGCCCCAUGGGUAUCAACAGCGCAAGGAUCUGACACCCUAGUCACCGCUUGUUAGCCCUAUGAGAGGAGCAGAGCACUUUACGCCUGUAAUCACCUGUCUGUGUACUGAGUGUCUUGUGAAUCGUGAGGCUUGACUGUACUUGUUAGUCUGUAACUUAUAAGGGAAAUGCCAGUGGUAACCCAUAUAAUUGUGCAGAAAUUAGACCAAACCCAUUCCACUCUUUACCUAGUCUAGAUGACUAGAAAAAUAAAUGUUUACCUGUCACUUUA